AUGCUCUCAUCCAGAUCCUAUCUGGACUUACCCCCUGAACGACUACAGGGUCUCCCUAGACGGGAACUAGGCCCCGAUAUUAAACAUGAGCCGGAGCGCAGUCUAAGGCCACGGAACAAGCGUGCCCCUAAAGGCCCGGAGAUGACCGACCAACUAGCGAUCAGUAGGGAGUCGGCAGCUCCGGAUCGUCCCGCUCGGAAGCGAGGUCGGCCAAGACUGGAGACGGUCAAGGAUGCGGCUGCCAUUGAGGAACGUCGUCUACAGAUCCGGCGUGCCCAACGCACUUAUAGACUAAAAAAAGAGUUCACUAUCCAGGCUCUCAAAUCUCGCGUCGAUGGGCUAGAACGUACAUUGGAGAACGUGUCUAAUCUACUCAGUGCUGCCCACCAAGAUACAGCUAGUUACCAUAAUGACCGACUUAUGGCACAGUCGGGCACCGACUACCUGACUCGCGCACGAGAAUUGGUUUUAGCCGAGCUCCAUGACGCCCCUUCUACUCCCGAUGAAGAUGAAAAGAUUGAGCGAACUCACAAAUUAUCGAGUAAUAUCUUCGGAUAUCAAGUUUCACAUGCAUCAGACAACUCAGUGGCACAUUGCCAGAAGGACUAUCUUUCGUACACCAAUCGUGCCAGGUCACCUUCUCCGCUAAUCAAUCGCAUCCUCCCAAACACAACAAUAUAUACAUACAGCCAUCAGGAAUCCAAUCUCUCGCGACGCCUACACAGGUUCUGUCUCGAGCAUACAUAUCGCUGGCUCACAGAUGCUCGAACUGACCCAGCACUAUUGGCUCGCGUCUUCGGGCUGGUACCCUGUAUUCAAGACAUGCCAGGCAUAAGACGCAGUUUUCGCCGAACACUGCAGUCCGAGAUUGGAAGUACAUUGGAAUUCAACAAACUGCCCUUCUACACGCUGGGUGGGGCAGGAAAGCACUUCCCUCGUAAAGGUAAAGAUGGAACGCCCAACUUCCCGGAAAAUAGUCGGAGACCUGGCAAGAUUUUACGAAGGAUGGUGAGAAUUCUGCAACGUGGUGGUAUUCAAGAUUGGGAUGAGGAUUGGAGUGGGGAUCUGGAACCUGGCUCUGUGGGACUAGACCAAGGGGAGGUGGAGAUGGAUCGGGAUGAGAGGAUCCGUUCGUUAGAUCUGGAUGGUGAGUGGUUUGAUUGCCAUGAUAUACAGGGUUAUCUGGAGCACCGCGGUCUGGCGCUUGAUAGAUCAUCGCUGAGGCUGGAGGUACCGCCUGCUAUGGUUGGGCAUUUGCAUGGGUUCUCGCCGGAUCGGUCUGUGGCGAGUUUGUACAGAUCUCCCGACGAUCUUUGCAUUGACAGGCCUGCAUCAGAGCUGAGCUCGUCGUCUUACAUGCUGGACUUGGAAUGUUUCUUUGAUCUCCUCCUGGCCAACCUACGAAUUCUUGGCCGCGCUCCAGGCUUCCGAGUGUGGGAUGUUGACGCCGCGUUGAGAUCUACCAUCUACCGACGCCAGUUCUGUUAA